GACUGGCGCGUGGCUGCCUGUUGCCACGCAUUUAAAUAUUUUAAUCGCGCUCUCAAUAUUAUCACAAUGGUGUUUCAGGUGCCUUCUUUCCAUCCUCCGCCUGGCUUGCUUUCUUCACUACAGAUCACAGGUUCUUGCACCUUUUUGUAUGUUGACAUUUGCUGCUGCAGUUCGUUUGACGUUUUAAUAUCCCAAAUUGGAUGAUUUGUGAGAAAAACACUAAGAACAAGGGGAAGAGAUAGCCAUGGUUGGAUCAGUGUUGGAUGUCAUUGCAAAUACUCUCUUUUUUAUCAUGGAGCCCCUGUCCAUGAUCAAGCUCUUAUGGCAACUCUGUGUGAGAAUUGUUUGCUUUCUGACUCUUCCAUGGUUUGGGCUUUUCAAGUUCAUUUUCAAUAUAUAUUUGGACGUGUGUUGGCGGUUAAUAUUAUUGGGCAUUGCGGCAUUUUCAAUUCCUAUUCGAUUGUUCACUGCUCUGCACAGGGAGAAAGAGCUUGAGGCACAUUUAUAUGAACUUCAGAUGCAAGUGGAAGGCCUGAUUGGGGUAAAUAAGGACUUGGAACUAAGGUUGGAUGUUGCUAUUAAAAAUUACAGGAGAACAGAAAAUCAGCUUUCUGAAGCUGAAGAAGAGGAAGAUAGAGCACUCGAAAAGAUCCUACUUCUAGAGACCAGGAUAAGAGAAAUAGAAGCUGAGAACCUGAGGCUUAGAGAAGUAGAAAAGAGAGCACUUCUUGAGGCUGCAGCAGCCAAUAAUGAUGAAGUAAGCAAUAUGAAAGAACCUAACGGCAAUGGAAUUAGGAAACAUCUUAGUAAUUUGGAAGGUGAAGAUUGGUAUGGCUCUGAACUGGGAGAUAUCUUUGAAAAAAAAGGUAAGAUCCUUAGUGAUUAUCUCAUUGACAAAGGGAGAAGUCUUCCUAGCUAUGAAAAGAGGACUGAAGGUAUAGAUCCUCUCCUUGAGAGCAAGAUGAAAUCAUCGGGUCAUUUCUCAUUUCCAAAGAAACAAGAAAUAAAUGAUGUAGUGAUCUACCAAUGGAGGGGGGCUGCAAUAGCACAGAGUACUUUCAGUGCCUGUCUUUCCCUUCUUGUUGGCAUGAUAACGUGGGAGGCUCAAGAUCCUUGCAUGCCACUAGUAAUUGCUUUGUUUAUUGUGGUAGGCAUGUCCUUGAAUAGCGUUGUAAAAUUCUUCUCAAGAAUUGAAAACAGGCCAGGUUCUGAUGCUGUUGCAUUGUUGAGCUUCAACUGGUUUAUUCUCGGAACUCUCGCAUCUCCAACACUGCCAAAUGUUGCUCGCUUGCUGGUUCCUUGCCUAUCUGAUUUUGGCCAUCGAAUGGCCAACUGGUUUGGUUUUCAACAGUAGUGGAUAUUGUACAAAAGUGUUUUGUUUCCUUUCCAUGCAAAGUGUUGAUAUGCUUGUAUGAUUGGAUACUAGCAUAAUGCUUCUCCUUUCUAAGCUCAUGCAUGUAUUUGGGCGAUAGCAGAACAGAUUUUUCCUUUCUAAAUUCAUAUAUGUACCCUUUUCUCCAUUUCAUACAAUAUAGAAACCUACUGAUUUGUAAAGAGGAUUUUUGUAAACAAUAAACAAGUCUCUCCGAUUGUAGUGUGA